AUGGUCGGGAAGCGUUGGUUCACGGACUUCCUUACAACCCACCAGGUCGAAGAUCGUGGUCUGAGCGGACUCGACAUCGAGACCAAAAUUGGAGGUCGCUCCGCGCUCAUUUCCAAGCUAGUGGCUUUCAUGAAAGACACUGUGUACAAGACUCGUAUCCCUUCUGUCACGAAACGUCGAACUUGUCUCCAGCAUUUCAUGCGCACGGGAGUUCAACUUUGGGGUCUCACCAUUGAAGAACAGCGCAAGGUGCUCUCCCAGGAGGACGGGACGUGCUACGCCGCCUCGGAGAAUGACUAUGAAUGGAACGACCCUGAGCAGCCAUUCAUUGAAGUUGACGACGACAAUGAUGAAGAAGAGGAGCAGGACGAAGACGAGGACGAGCACGAGAGCGAGAAUUAA